UGCUUUAUGUUGACAUCACGAUGCAUUUGUGACUACAUGGGGGUUUUUUGCAUUUCAGACAGGUUAAAAAUGAGUUCUCCAAGGUGGAAGCACAUCCCAUCCCCUACAGCCAGUUCAGCAUCACAUCCUCUGAGCCCACUCAAUUCCUCUUGUUUUACAAAUACAAGCACAGGAGCUUCCCCACUGCAUCUCCUGCUGCUGCUGGCUCUGCAGCUUGGAACAGGUUAGGUUCCCUCCUGAAUUCUCUCGUUAUUAAUAUCACAAACCAAGCUGUUCUGAGAGCAGAGCCCCAUUAAUCACUUCAGCUCUGCUGCAGGUUUCACCUCACUUCCUCUUCCUGCAGCUGAGCAGUUUUCCUAUGAUUUGACUCCGUGGGUGCUGCUUGUUAAAAUUAGUGGGUCUGGUAGAGCAGGGAAGAGCCCUGAGCUGGGCAAGCUGAGAAGAAGGUGGGAAAAAGAUGAAUCCACACAGCCAUGCAUGAAAAAAUGUGCUACUCCAGCUGAUGGUGGUGGGAACUUGAAGGCAAGGAAGUUACACCCCUUAAAUCCUUGCCUCUAAACUCGAGUUUUCUGGAGGGCUAGCAGCACUGGGGAGACACAGCAGAAGUGAAGGUAUCCAAUAAAAUCCAAGGUCAGCUCAGCAGCUCGUGUGAGUCAGCACCAACGUGGGUGGCAGAUCUGCCCACAGACGUCUGAUGCCCACCUGGGCUCUGUUUGUGGUUGAGGGCACCACUUCCUUUUCCUCUCUUCCUUCCUAUGUUUAAUCCUGAUUUGUGCUACAAGCAAAGGUCUAAAACCCUCUGAGUAACCACCUCUGCUUUACCUAAAAAGGGCCAGAAGAUGUUUAUAGAGCAUCUUCCUGAAAAUCUGCCUCUAAUCCCAUCCCAGUCCCUCAAGGGCAUGUUGUGUGUUCCUGACACACACUGACAUCCCUGCAGCAAUCUUCUCUUUGACAUCCAAUGUCCUUUUCCACUUUGUAUCCUUUGUCUAUCAGCUUUUUAAUAUCCAUUCUAUCAUCUUUGCCUCUGUCAGGCAUUUUGUUUUGUCCUUUCCUGGGUGCUCGGCUGCAUCCACCAGCAUCCAACAGCCAAAUCUGCUGCUCAGCCCUGCACUGCAAACGUCCUGCACAGGAUAAAGCUCCACCUGCCUCAUCCCAAAGCUGCACACCUCUGUGCCUGUUCCCUGCAGGUUUCCAUCCUUGAGCAAACAUUUUCCAGCGAUUUCUGCUGAGUCAGAGAACGCUCGGCGAGGCUGCUGCUCCUCCACGUGGGAACGCGCUUCUGGGGAAUAAUUACAGCGAGUUUAAAUACGGACAUUUGGCAGCCAAAUUGCUUCACAUUCCGGCUCCUGGCCAGGAGGGCAGAGCCCAGAAGCUGCUCAUUGGUGCUGUGAGAAAAUCCCUCAUUCCUGUGCCCAUCGUGGGCGUGCAGAGCCCGUGGGUCAGGAUUGUCUGGACCCGACAGUUUCCUGGUGUCCUGCUCUGAAGGAAGGGGUGCUCAUGCCCUGGAGGGUCCCACGAAUAGAACUGCUUCCCAAAUAAUCCAACCUGCACUUAUCCAGCAUUCUGCACAUGCCUUCCUCUCCAGGUGAUAGCCACCAGAGGAUUUUUAUCCCCCCUGCUGCUGGAUUUGGGAACGUGCUGCUGGCAGGGAGCUGAUCCCUGCGGAUCUCCUGUUCUGCAAGGGAGAUGAUGGAAGCAGGCUGUUGGGAACUUUUCCCCCCUUAAUUUUUGAAGCAUAUUUUAAGUUGUGAAACAUAUUGACUGUGAAACAGAGAUAAGAACAAGAGGAGACACAAACAGUGUAGGUGUUACUCCCGGUUUUUUGCAACUCCCACUUUGUUGUAAAAAUAACCCAGCAAGCAGCACUAUGCUCCAUGGCAUCCUUCACGGGCCAAGGGAUGAUAAGAUCAUGUGCCUGGACAUCACUGACUGAACCAGGGAAGUGAGGCACAUGCAGAGCUGCUGGAAACUUCUUGUUCCUUAAAAUCAAUGGAGAAAAAUCCUACCAAAAAAUCAAAUUAAAGAAUUUUGAAUGUUGUUAAAAUAUAUAAAAUGUAGCAAUGUCAUUCCAAAGUGCUGUAAAAAUACCUUAUGUUGAGCUGGAGUGUUUUCCACCAGGAAAAGGGGCAGUGGGAAGGGACCAUGGGAUAUCACUGAAUCCUGUUGAGUUUCUGGUCACACUGCCUAUGAUGCACCUCACCUGUAUGGCGCCACACCUGUGCCAUAAUUCUUAUGUGCCCUUGAUUCUUUUGCAACCUUAAACCCCAGCAAAAUACCAUUAAUUAGGCCCAGGUCAGUUGCAGAAAUCAGAUAAAACUCUCUGGCAGGCUCAGCUUCUAGGAGCUGCAUCUCCUGAUGCAUGGGAACGUUGUGCAACUUGGGAAGAGCAUCACCAACCGUGGGCUGACAGCAGGGAGGGCACCUGUGGUGAGACACCAGGGUGUCACCUCACAGGAGAAAGUCACAGACAGAAGCAGUGGUAGCUCUCUGAUCUGGAGGACGGGUGCCUGAACCCCUCUGGCAGGACCAGCUGAAGGUCAUUUUGCUGCUUCAUCAGAAAUUUGGGAUCCUUUGAGUGCCUGGCAUUGAUCAGCUCCCAGCAUGGACAGUGAAGACACCAUCACUGAAGAGGUCUGCAGGGAGGACGACGUCGGGGAUGGACAGCUCCUGGAGGUGAUGGUGGGUGGUUACCCAGUGCUGCUGGUGAGGAACAGGAAGGAAUUCCGUGCUCUAGGCAGCAAAUGUCCCCACUACGGUGCCCCACUGAGCAAAGGGGUUUUGAGAGGGGAGAGGCUGCGCUGCCCCUGGCACGGGGCCUGCUUUAACAUCAGGACUGGAGACAUUGAGGAAUACCCUGCUCUGGACUGCAUCUCCUGCUUUAAGGUAACAGUGGAAGAUGGAAAGGUGUUUAUCACAGCAAAGAAGAAGGACCUGGAAAGCAGCCUGAGGGUGAAGGACACAAGCAGGAGGUGCCUCCUCAACAAGAACACGAUGCUGCUGCUGGGGGGAGGUGUGGCUGCCCUGGUGUGUGCAGAGACUCUUCGCCAGGAGGGAUUCACCGGCAGGAUCAUCAUGGCCACCAACGAGAAGCACGUUCCCUAUGACAAGUCCAAACUGAGCAAGGAUAUGGACUUGAAAGCUGAGGACAUCUACCUGAGGAAACCUGAAUUCCUUGAGGCUCGGGGCAUAGAGCUCUGGACAGAGAAAGAGGCAGUGUCAGUGGAUUUCCAGAAGGAGAAGGUUCACUUCAUGGAUGGGUCCUCUCAGAAGUACCACCAGCUGCUCAUUGCAACAGGCAGCCACUCUGGUUUCCUCAAAGUCCCAGGUGCAGAGCUGCAGAACAUUUGCACACUCCAGACCCCAGAAGAGUCCAGGAAGAUCUUGGAGCUGGCAACUGGGAAGAAUCUGGUGAUUAUAGGAGCUUCAUUCAUAGGCAUGGAGGUGGCUGCUUUCCUCUCAGACAAGGCUGGAACCAUCUCAGUGGUGGAAAGAGAAGAGUUCCCUUACCAGCAUGCCCUGGGUCCUCAGGUUGGAGGUGUUGCCAUGAAGAUGCUGCAAAAUAAAGGGGUGAAGUUCCACAUGAAAACAGAGCUCUGUGAGCUGAAAGGAAAAGAUGGAAAGGUCACAGAGGCUGUUCUUGCCAACGGGGAGAGUCUCCCUGCAGAUGUGGUAGUGGUGGGAAUAGGAUCAACCCCCAACUCAGUGUUUCUGAAGGGCACCUCCAUUGCCAGAGACGACAAAGGUGCCAUCCUGGUGAACCUGCACAUGCAAACCAACAUCCCGAAUGUUUUUGCUGCGGGGGAUGUUGUCACCUUCCCGGUGGCGCUGCUCGGUGGGGACAGCUCCAGCAUCCGCCACCAGCAAGUGGCUGAGGCCCACGGUCACUGUGCUGCGUUAAACAUGCUGAAGAGAGGGAAGGAGUUGCACACUGUUCCUUAUUUCUGGACUACAUUGCUUGGGAAAAGCAUCCGCUAUGCAGGCUGUGGGAAGGGAUACACGGACACUGUUGUGAAGGGCAGCCUGGAGCAACAGAAAUUCCUGAUCUUUUACAUCAGGGAUGGCCAUGUGACUGCAGCUGCCAGCCUGAACUGCGACCCCAUGGUGUCUCUGAUUGCAGAAGUUUUGUACUUGGGGAAACAAAUCUCCAAAGAAGAAGCAGAGGCCUGUGACAUUGGUAACAUCCCCUCACUGGCACAAAGCUAAGCUUGGUGCGUGCCCCUUGUGAGGGGCUCACAACCAAGGGUUAAUAGCUCCACAUCCUCCCACCCUGGAACAAUAAAACCACCAGCAAAGCU